AUGGCGAUGCCUCAGCCAGCAGACGCCAAGAUCCCCAUCCACAUGCGCGUCGUCCACAGUGCCCAACGUCAGGUCAUGACUGCGGGAGAGAUGACCCGCGAUGCAGUCUGGAGCGGCGCGUGGGCGUACCCCUUCUGGGGUGCUAUGUACAUUUGCACGCAUCCUAGCCUCCUCACGCCCGCGGCGCCUCUCCUCGUUCGCGCAGUCCUCAUCUCGCUCGCCGUCGUCGCGGCGUGCUUCUUCUUCCUGUACCUCCCGCAAGUCGCGUGGCUCUCCCUCUUCUCCGGACCUCUAGACCUGCUCGCCUUUGCUCGUCGGUUUGGCGACACUGGAGUCAAAAUCUACGGCAUACUAACCGACUAUGCAGCGUUCGCAGCUGCCGUCCCGCUCGUCCUGGCCGAGGCGUCCGUCAUCCUUGGCUUCCUGGGCAAGAACUUUCUCAUGGGCCAGCUCGGGAUGGACCUGUUCGAUGCUGUCCUUGUCCAGAAGGGCCACAUUGCGCUUGUCGAAAAGAGCCGCCCAGUGGUGAAGAAGGCCAACAACGCGCGCCAACUCGGCCGCGUCCUCUCGCGGCCCCUGGCCAAACUGAGCGUGGACAACAUGGUCCGCUACUUGCUCACUCUGCCACUGAACCUGAUCCCCGUGGUCGGCACCGUCUUCUUCUUGGGCUACAACGGCUACAAGGCCGGACCGAGCUACCACGCCCGAUACUUUAUGCUCAAGGGCUGGGACAAGUCGCGCAGCAACGCCUAUGUGGACCGCCACCGUGGAUCGUACACCGCCUUUGGCGUCACCGCCGCCGCGUUCAACCUCAUCCCCGUGGUCUCGAUCAUCCUCGGCCUCGCGUGCAACGUCGGCGCGGGCCUCUGGGCUGCCGACAUUGAGAACACACACAAGAGCGUCCACGAGUCCGUGGCACCCCCGCACUACGAAGAGUACGGCGUCUCCAUCCCGCCCCCAGAGUAG